AUGCCGCCCGGCAAGGUCCUGCAGCCGGUCCUGAAGAUGAAGGUGGACGAGCUGUUCCUGUACUGGCUCAGCGAGGCCAGCACGCAGCGGAUGCUGCAGGACUGCCUGCGCCGGAUCAAGGCGCCCGGGCGGGACCAGCCGGCCGCGGGGGAGGGGGAGCUGCCCGGGGUCUGGCCUGCAGCCACGCUCGCCGCCCCCAGGCCCAGCGGCCUCGACCCCCCGGGAACCACCGGGCCGGGCCCUGCGCUGCCCCUGGGCGCCGCCUCCAGCCCCAGGAACGCGCCCCACGCUCGAGGCACCCGUAGAUCCGCAGGGACGAGAGUAGUUCAGACGCGGAAAGAAGAGCCUCUGCCCCCGGCCACAAGCCAAAGCAUUCCGACCUUCUACUUCCCCAGAGGACGCCCGCAGGACUCCGUCAACGUGGAUGCCGUCAUCAGCAAGAUCGAGAGCACUUUCGCCCAGUUCCCCCACGAGAGGGCCACCAUGGAUGACAUGGGUCUGGUGGCCAAGGCCUGCGGCUGCCCCCUCUACUGGAAGGCGCCGCUCUUCUAUGGCGCCGGCGGGGAGCGCACGGGCUCCGUGUCCGUCCACAAGUUCGUCGCCAUGUGGAGAAAAAUCCUCCAGAACUGCCACGACGACGCGGCCAAGUUCGUCCAUCUGCUCAUGAGCCCCGGCUGCAACUACCUGGUGCAGGAGGACUUUGUCCCCUUCUUACAGGACGUGGUGAACACGCACCCGGGGUUGUCGUUCCUGAAGGAGGCGUCCGAGUUCCACUCGCGCUACAUCACCACGGUCAUCCAGCGGAUCUUCUACGCCGUGAACCGGUCCUGGUCCGGCAGGAUCACCUGCGCCGAGCUGCGGAGGAGUUCCUUCCUGCAGAAUGUGGCGCUGCUGGAAGAGGAGGCGGACAUCAACCAACUGACCGAAUUCUUCUCCUACGAGCACUUCUACGUCAUCUACUGCAAGUUCUGGGAGCUGGACACGGACCACGACCUGCUCAUCGACGCGGACGACCUGGCGCGGCACAAUGACCACGCCAUUUCCACCAAGAUGAUCGACAGGAUCUUCUCAGGAGCGGUCACACGAGGCAGAAAAGUGCAGAAGGAAGGGAAGAUCAGUUACGCCGACUUUGUCUGGUUUUUGAUCUCUGAGGAAGACAAAAAAACACUGACCAGCAUCGAGUACUGGUUCCGCUGCAUGGACCUGGACGGGGACGGCGCCCUGUCCAUGUUCGAGCUCGAGUACUUCUACGAGGAGCAGUGCCGAAGGCUGGACAGCAUGGCCAUCGAGGCCCUGCCCUUCCAGGACUGCCUCUGCCAGAUGCUGGACCUGGUCAAGCCGAGGACUGAAGGGAAGAUCACGCUGCAGGACCUGAAGCGCUGCAAGCUGGCCAACGUCUUCUUCGACACCUUCUUCAACAUCGAGAAGUACCUCGACCACGAGCAGAAAGAGCAGAUCUCCGUGCUCAGGGACAGUGACAGCAGCGGCCCCGAGCUCUCCGACUGGGAGAAGUACGCGGCUGAGGAGUACGACAUCCUGGUGGCCGAGGAGAUCACGGGAGAGCCCUGGGAGGACGGGUUCGAGGCCGAGCUCAGCCCUGUGGAGCAGAAGCUGAGUGCGCUGCGGUCCCCGCUGGCCCAGAGGCCCUUCUUCGAGGCGCCCUCGCCCCUGGGCGCCGUGGACCUGUACGAGUACGCGUGCGGGGACGAGGACGUGGAGCCGCUGUGACGCCACCCGCGAGAACGCCGCCGCGGGGCCGCUCCCCACGUGCCACGGCCACCACCGGGACACCGCGGCUUGUGUAAAAACUGUUGUCUUUUGUGGAAAAUGAGUGCGUUUGUAUGGAAUGAUAAAUUUUUAUUUAUUCACAGAA